AUGUGCCAUAAACGGGGCGCAACGCCCGGCCAGCGCAUUCUCGCAACGGCGGGCCUCCUCGGCCCCACCCCCCUGAUGGGAGUCUCCCCCGUUCCCCCCGGCGCAGCUCCUGGCGCAGGGGGAGCCCCCGGCGCGCCUGGAUCCGCGCAGCAGCAGCAGCCCGCGGACGUGCAGGCGCAGGUGGCGCUGCUGGCGGGCCAAUUAGACGACGCCACGUUGCUGCGCCUCCUGCAGCAGCGCGCAGCGCAAGGCUCGCUUCUAACGAGCGUGGCGGCGGGAUUUGGACUCACUGGCGCAGCAGGCGGAGCUCCCCCCGGCGGAGCCCCCCCCGGCGGAGGCCCAGGAGGGCCUGGCGGACCUGGCGCUCCCGCGGGCGCGCCAGGCGCGCAAGGAGUGGCUCCCCCGGGUCCGGGGGGGCCUGCGCCUGGGGGCCCGGGGGGAGGCCCCCCCGGACAGGGGGGGCAGAUGUUGGGUCCGCAAGGGGGACUGGGGCCGGCGGGCGGGGGAGGGGGAGUGGGGCCCGGAAUGGGUCUAAAGGUGCCUCAGUUCCGCCAGCAGCCACAUGCGCAGGACACCCCGCCAGCCCCAUCCUUUAACGGGCUCGUAUCAAAUCCGCCGCCCAUGCAAGCCCAGCAGCACCCCAACUCCGUGCCACCUCAGCGUGGUGCUCCCCUGCAGUCCCAGCAGCCCCCCUCCAUGCCCCACCAUGCGCCGUCCCCGCAUCCCCAGCAGCACCAGCAGCCGCAGCAUCAGCAGCAGCAGCAGCCCGCUCUGCAAUCCUCCUCCUCUUUCCACCAGGGGAUGUCACAGCCGCCCAGCUCUCUCCCCCAGCCGCACACUCAGAUACAGACAAAUCCGGCCGCCGGCGCCGCCCCUCCCUCUCUCAUGCCGUCCCAGUCGAGCGCUGGCGCGGGGGGAGUGGGGGGAGGCGCGCAGGGGAGCGGGGGAGCGGGCGGGAGUGCAGGCGGAGGGGGAGGGGGAGGGGGUGGAGGGGGGAAACCGCGGGCGAGGGCGAGACGAGGACAGGCGACGGAUCCUCACAGUAUUGCUGAGAGACUGCGCCGAGAGCGCAUAGCAGAGCGCAUGAGGGCGCUGCAGGACCUGGUGCCCAACUCGAAUCGGGUGGACAAGGCGUCUAUGCUGGAUGACAUAAUUGACUACGUCAAGUUUCUACAGCUGCAGGUCAAGGUGCUCAAUUUGAACCGCCUGACUGGCCCUGCAGCAGACGCCGUGGUUACUCUGCUUGCUGAUUUGAACCCCGAGGAAAUCGACGAUGGCCUCUCGUCCUUUUCACAGCAGGAGCUCACUCUCAUGGAGCGACAGCCGGCCAAGGGCCAUGCUUCGACAUGGGAGGGAGCCGCCAUGCAGUACUGCAUCUGCAGUGAUCAGUACCUGCAGAUCACUGGACUCUCUGCCUCAUGCCGUCCUUCUCACGGGUCGUUGCGCUCCCUGCGUGUCACUUGUUGUAUUGCAGGUGGCAUUGCUAAUGGAGCAGGACAUGGGGGCAGCGAUGCAGUACCUGCAGAGCAAAGGGCUGGGAGGGAGGGGGAGGAGGAGGAGCAGGAGGAGCAGGAGGAGGAGGAGGAGGAGGAGGAGGAGGAGGGGGAAGAGGGGGAGAGUGGGGAGGAGGAGGAGGAGAGGGGGGAGGAGGAGGAGGAGAUGGGGGAGGAGGAGGAGGAGAGGGGGGAGGAAACAUGGAUGGGAGUUGGUGGGGGUCAAACUGGGUCUCCUGUGCCAGCACCAGCAGGAGUGGUUGUGGCAGGAGAAGGAGGAGGGGCAGCAGCAGCAACAGCAGUGUCAGCAGGAGCAAGUGCCUCUGCCUCCCCUACUUUUGCAGCAAGAGCAGCGGCGGCGGCAGCACCAGGAGGAGUUGGGGGGGUGGGAUCCCCGUGUGUGAAAAUGGAAGAGGUGGAGGAGUGUGGGGUAGAGCGUGCUGCAGGUGGUGGGGUAGCAGCAGGAGGAAUAGGGGUGACGGCAGCAGGCUGCGGUGGUAGUGCGGGAGGGGGAGGAGGAGAGAGUGAGACCGACAAGAAGGUUGGGGCAGCAACAGGAGGGCUGAACGCCGGUGCUAUGGAUGUUUCUGGCCAGAGCAGUGCAGUGGUGGCAGCUGCUACUGGUGUUGCUGCUGGGGGUGUGGCUGCUGUUGCUGUGAAUGCUGGCGUGUCUGCUAUGGAGGGAAUCACUACAGCAUCGUGA